GUGUAAAUUUUUGUAGUUCAAAAGCAAAAGCAAAGUGAAUUUUCAUCUGCAAGUGAAUAGUUGUGUGGGGAAUUUUUCAUUCCACCAUAUUGUGUGUCUCGAAUAAUUUUUUCCGUCAGUGAAAAAUCAAUUUUUUUAACAAAAUAAGUGCGUUUAUUUAAUUUAAUUGUGCAUAAAAACAUUAAUCAACUAUUUGCGAACGGUGUGGUGUGAAACGCCUAAAUCACCAUGAGUUAUUUGCCUCCCCAAAAUCGAACCAUGCCGCAUAAUCAAUACAAUCCACCGGACUUACCAAUGGUAUCGUCUAAGGAGCAAACGCUUAUGUGGCAACAAAACUCGUAUUUGAGUGAUUCCGGUAUCCAUUCGGGUGCUGUGACGCAAGUGCCCUCGUUGAGUGGCAAGGAAGAUGAAGAAAUGGAAGGUGACCCAUUGAUGUUUGAUCUGGACCAGGGUUUUCCCCAGAAUUUCACCCAGGAUCAAGUUGACGAUAUGAAUCAGCAAUUGAGCCAGACACGUUCUCAGCGUGUGCGGGCAGCAAUGUUCCCUGAGACACUUGAAGAAGGUAUUGAGAUCCCAUCGACUCAGUUCGAUCCGCAACAACCCACAGCUGUUCAGCGUUUAUCUGAACCGUCGCAAAUGCUUAAACAUGCCGUGGUCAAUCUAAUCAAUUAUCAGGAUGACGCUGAACUUGCAACCCGAGCAAUUCCCGAACUCAUCAAACUUUUGAACGAUGAAGAUCAAGUUGUUGUCUCGCAGGCAGCUAUGAUGGUCCAUCAAUUGUCAAAGAAGGAGGCUUCUCGUCAUGCCAUCAUGAACAGCCCCCAAAUGGUGGCUGCUUUAGUACGUGCCAUUUCGAACAGCAACGAUCUGGAGACAACCAAGGGAGCCGUAGGAACCCUACACAAUUUGUCACACCAUAGACAAGGCCUGUUGGCGAUUUUCAAGAGCGGGGGCAUUCCAGCACUGGUUAAAUUGCUCUCUUCGCCUGUUGAAUCUGUUCUCUUUUAUGCCAUUACCACUUUGCACAAUUUGCUUCUGCACCAGGACGGCUCAAAAAUGGCCGUGCGUCUAGCUGGGGGCCUCCAGAAGAUGGUCACCCUGUUGCAGCGUAACAAUGUGAAAUUCUUAGCCAUUGUCACUGAUUGCUUGCAAAUUCUGGCUUAUGGCAAUCAAGAGAGCAAGUUGAUAAUUUUGGCUUCCGGUGGACCGAACGAGUUGGUUCGCAUAAUGCGUUCGUAUGACUACGAGAAGCUCUUGUGGACAACAUCGCGAGUGUUGAAGGUAUUGUCUGUCUGUUCAAGCAAUAAACCAGCUAUUGUUGAUGCUGGUGGGAUGCAAGCUUUGGCCAUGCAUUUGGGCAAUCCAUCACAGCGUUUGGUGCAGAAUUGUCUCUGGACUCUGCGAAAUUUGUCGGACGCAGCAACCAAAGUUGAGGGACUGGAGGCUCUUCUGCAGAGCUUGGUUCAAGUUUUGGCUUCCACAGACGUUAAUGUUGUUACUUGUGCAGCUGGCAUUCUCUCCAACUUAACUUGCAACAAUCAACGCAACAAGGCAACCGUCUGCCAAGUUGGUGGAGUCGAUGCUCUUGUUCGUACUAUCAUCAAUGCAGGCGACCGUGAAGAAAUUACCGAGCCUGCUGUAUGUGCUCUUCGUCAUUUGACUUCGCGCCACGUUGACUCCGAGCUAGCCCAAAAUGCAGUUCGUUUGAAUUAUGGAUUAUCAGUAAUUGUUAAGCUGUUGCAUCCUCCAUCCCGUUGGCCACUCAUUAAGGCAGUUAUUGGUUUAAUUCGUAAUCUGGCACUUUGUCCAGCAAACCAUGCACCAUUGCGUGAGCACGGUGCCAUACACCACUUGGUUAGACUCCUAAUGAGGGCAUUCCAAGACACAGAGAGGCAACGUUCUUCGGUUGCAAGCACAGGUUCACAGCAACCGAGUGCAUACGCUGAUGGUGUACGCAUGGAGGAGAUUGUUGAAGGCACUGUUGGUGCAUUACAUAUUCUCGCUAGAGAAUCACAUAAUAGAGCACUUAUUCGCCAGCAGGCUGUUAUUCCCAUCUUUGUUCGCUUGUUAUUCAACGAAAUUGAAAAUAUUCAGCGCGUUGCUGCUGGAGUACUUUGUGAGUUGGCUGCUGAUAAAGAAGGAGCAGAGAUAAUCGAGCAAGAAGGUGCCACUGGGCCCUUAACCGAUCUAUUGCAUUCAAGAAACGAAGGUGUAGCUACAUACGCUGCAGCCGUUCUAUUCCGCAUGAGCGAAGACAAACCCCAAGAUUACAAGAAACGUUUGUCUAUUGAGUUAACAAAUUCUCUUUUAAGAGAAGAUAACAAUAUAUGGGGCAAUGCUGAUCUCGGAAUGGGACCAGACUUACAGGAUAUGCUUGGACCAGAACAAGCAUAUGAGGGCUUGUAUGGGCAAGGCCCUCCGAGCGUACACAGCUCACAUGGAGGUCGAGCAUUUCAACAAGGAUAUGAUACUCUACCAAUAGAUUCGAUGCAAGGUCUGGAGAUAAGCAGCCCAGUUGGAGCUACACCUGGUGGUGCACCCACUUCGCCCUAUUCAAUGGACAUGGACGUUGGCGAGAUUGGAGCUGGAGAGUUGAACUUUGAUUUGGACGCUAUGCCAACUCCACCAAAUGACAACAACAAUUUGGCUGCUUGGUACGACACUGAUUGUUAAAUUUAAAAAAUUUUAAACAACAAACAAAAAUCAUACAGAGAAACAUUAAAAUUAUAAACCUUAAAAAAAAAAAGAAAACAUUUAUAUAUUUCAUAUUUUAAUCAUUAUUAUUAUACAUUAUGUUUUAGAUGUAUUCAAAUUUUUUGUUCUAUUUAAUAAGAAAAUUGAUACGAAACUUAUAUUAACACACGCAAUCUUGAAUAAAAAAAAAAGUAUUUUUUUUGUCAAUUAGUAUUAAAAAUUUGUUUUUAUUUUGAUAAUAAUUUCUCUUUUACUACAAGAAAUGGUUUGAGUUAUAUUUCGGUUGUUUUCCGUACAAAAAAGGCUGAUUUUCAAUUAAAGGAUCUUGGACUGUUUUAAAGGAUAUUAUAGAGUCUUUAAUAGUUACGCUUUUGUCCUUAAUUUUCGGACACGGUACAUGAAUGUGGUUAAAUCAAUGUCAAAAUGCCACUUUUAAUUUAACACUAUAUUCAAUAAAUGUUUGUGUAUCAAACAAAAUCCCAUUUUGGAGCAAUAUUUCGCGUUCCAGCUUCCGAAAAAGUGAAUUUUUACGAAUUGAUAGUUUUCUUAACAUACAAAGCUUACUAGAAGAAGCUAAAAAAAUAUAUGCAAAUGUUCUUAGGAGCUUCUUGAUCAAUGGGAUGGUAACCAGCAUUUUGUAGUUAAUACUCUGAAAUAAGGGCACCGGUUGUCCGCAGAUAAACAGCCAUAACAAAUGCAACCCAGUUAUCAAAGAAGAGAUAGGUUUUUAAAUGUUAAACGUUGUGAUUUUUCAUUACUUACAAGAGAGAGAAUACCAUACAUUUUGAUUACGAUAACAAUCUUAGUGAAAUUUGGUAUAAAUUAAUGGCGCCCAAUUUGUAUGGUUUGAUAAUUGCUGGGCUUAAUUUAAAUAUGAAAUUGAAUAUGUUCUUCUUUACUUGGUAACAAUCCCAUCCAACGUGAUUUGUUUUGUUCACCAAAAAUACUUACUUCAUUGUUAUAGGACAUGUAUUGCUAACAUUUAUUUUUUUUUCUUAGGAAAUUUUAAAAAUGAAUAACAUAUUUGUCCUUCAAUAUUUUAUUCAUAUUUGUUUUUCCUUUUUCUACGAUAAUUUAUGAUGGAAUUCAAUGUGUGUUAAAAAUAAAACAUCAAAAAUGAAUAAUACAUAGGUAUCUUUUAGCUUAUCAGCAAUGCACUAUAUUUAAAACUAAUGUUUAACAACUCAAACAAAAUAAAACACAAAAGGAUCUUUCACUUAGCGAGAGACUUACUUUAUAUAUCUACUCUUUAGCAAAAUACUUUGUAAUUGUUAAAUUUUAAAUGGUUCAUUAAAGAAAGUACUUAAAAUAACAAAACUAAAUAUAAAACACAAAAACUGUUUGUUAUAAAACAAAAUAACCAUUUUCACCAACCUCGACACAUGAAAUCACCGUUAAAACAAAAAUGAUUAUGUAUUUUAUUUAUAUCAUGGGUUUUGUUAAGAUAUUCUUAACUUAAAUUUAAUUAAAUUAUGUAUGCACAUAUAAGAAAGCAUGUAUUACAUUUCAAUUCACAAUUAAAACACAAAAAAUAAUAAACAAAUGGUAUGAGAAAAAAAAAACACAAACAAAGUUAAAUAGAUACUUUUUAUGUGCAUUAUGCAAUUUUGUGUCGAAAGAUGAAUUUUUGUACAAGAAGACGAAAACAAAUUUAAAUGAAUGCUACCAAAAUAACAAAAUAGAAAAAAAACUACUUGUUAACAUUCAAUAUGAUAAAAAGAAAAUUAUAAUAAAAAACGUAAUAGCAUAGUGUGCUAUUUUUAAAUAUUUGUUAAGAAGCCGAAAAAAAAAACAUUUUCCAAUUUACACAAAAACAAAGAACUAUUAUCUACAAAAGAGGAAACUAUACAUAAUUUCAAUAAAGGAAAACGUUUACCAAAUA